GUGCCCCGCGCGCCCCUCAGGAUCCCCGGGUCCCGCCCCCGGAGGAGGUGAGGCGGGGCGCGACUGGGUUCGCGGCCGCGUGCAGAGGCGCAGGCAGAGCAGCUUCGGAACCGAGACGAUGCGUGCGCUCCGCGACCGAGCCGGGCUCCUCCUCUGCGUGCUGCUGCUGGCGGCGCUGCUGGCGGCGGCGCGAGGGCUCCCCGUGAAGAAGCCGCGGCUCCGCAGACCACGGCCUGGGAGCCUCACGAGGCUCGCAGAGGUCUCAGCCUCCCCAGGUCCUAGGCCUCUGAAGGAAGAGGAGGAGGCACCACUGCUCCCCAGAGCCCACCUGCAGGCAGAGCCACACCAACAUGGACGCUGGACUGUCACUGAGCCAGCAGCCAUGACCCCAGGCAAUGCCACCCCUCCCAGGACGCCAGAGGUUACUCCGUUGCGGCUGGAGCUGCAGAAGCUUCCGGGAUUGGCCAACACAACCUUGAGUACCCCUAACCCUGAUACCCAGGCUUCAGCCUCCCCAGAUCCUAGGCCUCUGAGGGAAGAGGAGGAGGCACGACUGCUCCCCAGAACCCACCUGCAGGCAGAGCUACACCAACAUGGAUGUUGGACUGUCACUGAGCCAGCAGCCCUGACCCCAGGGAAUGCCACGCCUACCAGGACCCAGGAGGUUACUCCCUUGCUGCUGGAGCUGCAGAAGCUGCCAGAAUUGGUCCACGCAACCUUGAGUACCCCUAACCCUGAUAACCAGGUGACCAUCAAGGUGGUGGAGGACCCCCAGGCCGAGGUGUCGAUAGACCUGUUGGCUGAGCCCAGCAAUCCCCCGCCCCAGGAUACCCUUAGCUGGCUGCCCGCCCUCUGGUCCUUCCUCUGGGGAGACUACAAAGGAGAGGAAAAAGACAGGGCCCCAGGAGAGAAGCGGGAGGAAAAGGAGGAAGACGAGGACUAUCCUUCAGAGGAAAUCGAGGGUGAGGAUCAAGAGGACAAAGAGGAAGAUGAGGAAGAGCAGGCGCUCUGGUUCAAUGGAACUACAGACAACUGGGACCAGGGCUGGCUGGCCCCCAGGGAUUGGGUCUUCAAGGAUUCUGUCAGCUACGACUAUGAGCCUCAGAAGGAGUGGAGUCCCUGGUCUCCCUGCAGUGGGAACUGCAGCACUGGCAAGCAGCAGAGGACUCGGCCCUGUGGCUAUGGCUGCACUGCCACCGAGACCCGUACCUGUGACCUGCCCUCCUGUCCUGGAACUGAGGACAAGGACACCUUGAGCCUCCCCAGUGAGGAGUGGAAGCUCCUGGCCCGCAAUGCUACGGACAUGCAUGACCAAGAUGUGGACAGCUGUGAGAAGUGGCUGAACUGCAAGAGCGACUUCCUAAUCAAGUAUCUGAGCCAGAUGCUGCGGGACCUGCCCAGCUGCCCGUGUGCCUACCCACUGGAGGCCAUGGACAGCCCUGUGAGCCUACAGGACGAACACCAGGGCCGCAGCUUCCGGUGGAGGGAUGCCAGUGGCCCUCGCGAGCGCCUGGACAUCUACCAGCCCACGGCGCGCUUCUGCCUGCGUUCCAUGCUGUCUGGGGAGAGCAGCACACUGGCCGCCCAGCACUGCUGCUAUGACGAGGACAGCCGGCUGCUGACCCGUGGCAAGGGCGCCGGCAUGCCCAACCUCAUCAGCACCGACUUCUCACCUAAGCUGCACUUCAAGUUCGACACGACGCCCUGGAUCCUGUGCAAGGGGGACUGGAGCCGCCUCCACGCUGUGCUCCCCCCCAACAACGGCCGAGCCUGCACCGACAACCCCCUGGAGGAGGAGUACCUGGCACAGUUGCAGGAGGCCAAGGAGUACUAGUGACGGGGUUGCUGAACAGACACUGCAGGGAGAGGGCAGGCGGCUGCUGCUGUUGCACGGGAGAACUUUCCUGGUAGGGCCCUCACCCGCCCCUGCCCAGACAGGGUGAGGAAAGGGCUCCCCCAGUGAGGUUGGUCCGAGGCUGUGUGCCCUCUGCCAGCGACCCCGAAGCAGAUAUCUCAGUGGGGUUAGUGAGAAGGUUGAAGGGUAUGUAGGGCCCAGGGUGGGUGUCCCUGGGAGCCCUGGAAAUGUGCAUAUGUGUAUGUGUCUGCCGGGGCCUCCCUCUGCUGCCUGCUGGGACCCUGGCCACUCAUUUUUCUCCUCCUUGGGAGCUGGGCUCUUCUGCCCUGGCUCUGCACAUAAGUGUUAGCCAGCAGCUCCAGAAAAAUCCCGAUUCCCGGGAUCUGCCACGAGUCACUCCUACUCUACCCUGAUGGCCAGCAGAGGAAGGGCCACUCUUCUCAUGGGCACAGCCAUCCUUUGCCAGGGGGGGCAUCCAGCCCGGGUGGCCACCCCUCCUUAUCUCUGGGUGGUGUACAUGCCCUUCUUUCCCCACUCCCUGCCACGAGCCACUGCACAGGAGGCUAUCUGUAGCCCCAAGCUGCCUUUCUGUUGGACACCAACUUUAGUCUUGGGCUGCAAGCCAGCCCAGCUGAGGCGAAGUGGACUCCAGGCAGGGAAUGGGUUGCCCAAUUCUGGUCCCUUUCCUUUGCUCAGCCCUCUCUGUUCUGCUGAUUGUAGGGAUGUGCAGGGCUGGGAGUUGGCACUCCCCCCGAGUGGGGAGGUGACAGCUUGUCACAGUAGCCAGGCUUGGGUGGGUUCAUUACUAGCUCAGGACAGUGUGUCACACGUCUAUAGUAAACCAGUUCUCUGGGAGGGGAAAAAAGCCCUGAUUUAUUGCAUUUGGGCAGCUUCUGUGGUGUAAAUUCUCCCAGCAGUGUCCCAUGUCAUGCUCCCAGCAUCACUGAAUGCACUGAAUUCAGAGUUGGGAAGAGAUGCACAUAAUCGCUCUCCCGGCACACCUCAUGCCUCUUCCCUGCCUCCCCAUCCCCCCGGCUGCACUUCCUUGCCUUCUAUGGGGUUGAAAUGUUGAAGUCUCAACUGUCUCUGUUCACAAGAGCCACCAAAAGGUAGGGGACUUCAGUCCUAGCCCCCAGAUGGCCGCCCUGAAGCUCUCUGGGCUCCUCAGCAAUAAAGCACUUUAUUUUCAAAUUCUGCCUGAUGAAGACUUUCGGGCCCCGGCAGAGCGGAGGAGUGUAAGGAACCCUUGCUUAUGGUCCAAGUCAAACUCCCAUGGGUGUGCUUGUAAUUUACCUAACCCACAGCAGGUUCCUUUUCAUUUCCUGGACCAGCUGGGCAGGCAGAGCUUGUGGCAUGCAGGAGUUAGACUCUAAAUAUCAGUUAUCCUUAUUCACACUGCCUAGGAGAUGGACGAGGAGCUGGCUGGACCUCAGGGGCACAUUCACUCUGAGCUUUGUCAGAGAGGUAAAUCACUUUUACUCCACCAGGAAGUAAUUUGCCGUCAGGGGAUCCAACAAAGAGUUGCUCAAAGAACUACAGCUCUAAGGUGAGAGGUGGAUCCGUGCUCUGCCUCAGUGGGCACCCCAACUAGACACUCCACUGUCACUCCUGACGUGGGGAAGGACAGGGAUAUAUCAGAAAGCACAGUAAAGGAAGGUGUGUCCAGAGCCACCACUGGAGACACUCGGAGAGUCAGACAUUUCCAAUGACCAUCACUCCCGGAGGUAAGUUUAUUAGUCUGUCCUGAACCAUAGUUUAAAAAUGCUCUACCUGCAACUAGAAAUAUGAGAGGGUUAGAGAGGGCAGUGUCUCAGGCCGCCAGACAGGAGCCAUGCUCACUCCCUUUCUCUUGUCUGAGGAAUUCAGUAAGAUUAGCACAGGCUAAUUAUUAUUAUUUUUUUGAGACAGGGUCUCCCUCUGUCACCCAGGCUGGAGUGCAGUGGCGCGAUAUCGGCUCACUGUAACCUCUGCCUCCCGGUCUCAAGUGACCCUCCCACCUCAGCCUCCCAAGUAGCUGGGACCACAGGCCCACGCCACCACAGCCCGCUAAUUUUUUUUGUAUUUUUGGUGGAGAUGGGGUUUCGCCCUGUUGCCCAGGCUGGUCUCAAACACCUGAGCUCAAGCAGCCCACCCACCUUGGCCUCCUGAAGUGCUGGGAUUACAGGCAUGAGCCACUGCGCCCAGUUCGAGGCUAAUUAUUUUUCAGCAGAAACUUUUAAAAGUAACAAGACAGAGUAAUCCCAGAGUCUGCUUUCUAAGGAAACUGCUAAUUCCCCUCCUUUCUAAUAUAACUCACUUUGGCACUU